AUGAGUUUUACUGCGAAAUUAUUGGUUGAGCGUUCUGCUGUGCCCAGUCGAAGUUCUGUGAAGGAAAACGAAUAUUUUUGCCAUACGUUUGUACGGCAAGAUGGUCUUUCGGGUGUUUGUAUAACAGAUGAUGAGUAUCCGGGACGUGUGGCAUUCACAAUGUUACGUCGAGUGCUCGAUGAAUUUACAGCCAAAGUGUUACCCGUUCAAUGGGCACAAAUAAAAACGGAGAAAGAUUGCACAUAUGCGGGAUUACCAGAGCUUCUCGCGAAAUGGCAGAAUCCUCGUGAUGCCGACGCUAUGACUCGAGUACAGGAAGAAGUGGAAGAGACGAAAGUGGUAUUGCACAACACGAUUCAAUCAGUGUUGGAGCGUGGCGAAAAGCUGGAUGAUUUGGUGGCAGCAAGCGAAGGUCUCUCAAAUCAGAGUAAAUUAUUCUACACACAAGCAAGAAAAAUGAACAAGUGCUGUAGCUGGACGUGA